AUGAACUACGAAACUGAACAAAUAGAAAAACUUCGCCAACGAAUUUAUUUAAAACAAAUACCAAGUAAAAUCAAUAAAAUUAUUGAUCAAUCUAUGGAUCAUAUUCAACCAAUGUUGCAAAAUUCUGCUCUUAAUAAAGAUCGACGUGCUGGUUUAAUAUCUUAUUAUUCUAAAACAAUAACACAAUAUAAAGUCAAUUUAAUGUCAUUAAAUUUAAAUACACCUGAACAAGUUAGACGUGAUCAUCUACAAACUUUAAUUAAUUUAGAAGAAAAAUCUCACAAUGUUGUCAUGAUACAUUAA